UCAGAAAUCAGCGCUCUUUUUCCCUCUCGCGUUGUCGGUCGGUUUGAGUUUUAUUGCGGGAAGGAAAUUGUGUAAUUUUUGCUGUUAACUCGUCGGGAUUAAGAAUAAAAAUAGUUGCAAAAGAUGUCCAAGGAAGAGGAAACCGUCGAGGCGACGGAUACAAACGACAAUUCGAAUGAUUCCACAUCGGACACGACUUCGUCCCAUACUAAGGAACCGGAUUACGAUGCUACGUUGGAAACAGACCGUAGCAAGCGGUUCGAGUUUUUGCUGAAGCAGACGGAAAUUUUUGCUCACUUCAUGCAAGCUGCCCCGGCCAAAGGUUCCAGUCCACCGGCCAAAGUUAAGGGCAAGCCCAAAAAGAGCGAGAAAGGCGAAAAGCCGGCUGCCUCAUCCGCUGGUCCUGCGGGUGACCCGGGAGACCACCGACAUCGGAAAACCGAGCAGGAAGAAGAUGAGGAACUGCUUGCGGAAACGAAUACCAAAGCAAAGACGGUCUUUCGCUUCGAGUCUUCACCGCCGUACAUCAAGGCAGGCGAGAUGCGAGAUUACCAGAUUCGUGGGUUGAACUGGAUGAUUUCGCUGUACGAAAACGGCAUCAAUGGCAUUCUGGCUGAUGAAAUGGGGCUUGGUAAAACGUUACAGACUAUCUCGCUGCUGGGUUACUUGAAGAACUUCCGAAACAAUCCUGGGCCGCACAUUGUGAUCGUACCGAAAUCCACACUGCAAAAUUGGGUCAAUGAGUUUGGCCGUUGGUGUCCUUCGUUGCGUGCCGUUUGUCUUAUCGGCGAUCAAGAGACCCGCAAUGUAUUUAUUCGGGAUGUUCUAAUGCCUGGUGAGUGGGACGUUUGCAUUACGUCGUACGAGAUGUGCAUUCGAGAGAAGGCGGUUUUUAAGAAAUUCAACUGGAGAUAUAUGGUUAUUGACGAGGCUCAUCGUAUCAAGAAUGAGAAAUCCAAGCUGUCGGAGAUUUUGAGAGAGUUCAAAACGGCUAAUCGACUGCUGUUGACGGGUACACCAUUGCAAAAUAAUUUGCACGAGCUGUGGGCUUUACUGAACUUUUUGCUGCCGGAUAUUUUCAACAGCGCUGAUGAUUUUGACUCGUGGUUCGAUGCGAAUGAAUGCAUAGGCGACAAUAAACUGAUAGAACGUUUGCAUGCGGUGCUAAAGCCGUUCCUUUUGCGUCGUUUGAAGUCCGAAGUCGAGAAACGGUUGUUACCGAAAAAGGAGGUCAAAAUUUUCGUUGGUUUGUCAAAAAUGCAACGCGAAUGGUAUACCAAAAUUUUGAUGAAAGAUAUUGACAUUGUAAACGGUGCCGGAAAGAUGGAGAAAAUGCGUCUGCAGAAUAUUUUGAUGCAGCUGCGAAAGUGCACCAAUCACCCAUAUCUGUUUGAUGGAGCCGAGCCGGGACCACCGUACACGACGGAUUAUCACUUGUUGGAGAACAGCGGCAAAAUGGUUGUUCUGGAUAAGCUGCUUAGGAAACUACAAGAGCAAGGUUCUAGGGUCUUAAUUUUCAGUCAAAUGACACGUAUGUUGGAUAUUCUGGAAGAUUUCUGCUAUUGGCGGCAAUUCCAGUACUGCCGGUUGGACGGUCAAACUCCGCAUGAAGAUCGUACUAAAAUGAUUGACGAGUACAAUGCUGAAAAUAGUACCAAGUUUCUCUUUAUGUUGUCAACACGUGCCGGCGGUUUGGGUAUCAAUUUGGCCACAGCCGAUGUGGUUAUCAUUUACGAUUCGGAUUGGAAUCCACAGAUGGAUUUGCAGGCGAUGGAUCGUGCCCAUCGAAUUGGUCAGAAAAAGCAGGUGCGCGUAUUCCGUCUUAUCACUGAAAAUACUGUUGAGGAAAAGAUUGUAGAACGUGCUGAAAUAAAGUUGAAAUUGGAUAAGUUGGUUAUCCAGCAGGGCCGUUUGAUAGACAACAAAACUAACCAGUUGAACAAGGAUGAGAUGCUAAAUAUCAUUCGUUUUGGUGCGAAUCACGUAUUUCAAUCGAGAGACUCUGAGAUUACCGAUGAAGAUAUUGAUGCCAUCCUGCAGAAGGGAGAAACCAAAACUCAAGAGCAGAAUGCUAAAUUAGACAAACUCGGUGAAUCCUCACUUCGUAGCUUCACACUCGAUACCGAAAAUCUAGAAAACCGUUCGGUCUAUCAGUUCGAAGGAGAGGAUUAUCGUGAAAAACAAAAACUGCACACACUCGGCUCAUGGAUUGAACCGCCGAAGCGUGAACGAAAGGCAAACUACGCCGUCGAUGCCUACUUCAAGGAGGCACUUCGUGUAGCCGAGCCAAAAGCACCGAAAGCUCCCCGCCCACCGAAACAGCCGAUCGUUCAGGACUUCCAGUUCUUCCCGCCACGUCUCUUCGAGCUGUUGGAUCAGGAAAUCUAUCAUUAUCGCAAAACGGUCAACUAUAAGGUACCGAAGAAUCCAGACUUAGGUCCCGAAGCGAAUAAAGUCCAACGGGAGGAACAACGGAAAAUCGAUGAGGCGGAGCCACUGUCGGAGGACGAAAUCGCCGAGAAGGAAUCUCUACUAACGCAGGGUUUCACCAAUUGGAACAAGCGUGAUUUUAACCAGUUUAUCAAGGCCAACGAAAAGUACGGCCGGGAUGAUAUCGAAAACAUCGCCAGAGAAGUGGAGGGCAAAACACCGGAAGAAGUUAUGCAGUACAGUGCGGUGUUCUGGGAGCGCUGUCACGAGCUGCAGGACAUCGAGCGACUGAUGGGUCAAAUCGAGCGCGGGGAGGCUAAAAUACAGCGUCGAGCGUCGAUUAAAAAGGCUCUGGAUGGAAAGAUGUCCCGCUACCGUGCUCCGUUUCACCAGUUGCGCAUCUCGUACGGCAAUAACAAGGGUAAAAACUACACCGAAGAGGAGGAUCGCUUCUUAGUGUGCAUGUUGCACAAGCUUGGCUUUGACAAAGAGAACGUCUACGAAGAGCUGCGUACGGCUGUUCGUUCCGCACCGCAAUUCCGGUUCGAUUGGUUCCUGAAGUCGAGAACCGCGUUGGAGCUGCAGCGUCGCUGCAAUACGUUGAUCACGUUAAUUGAACGCGAGAACCAAGAGCUGGAAGAGAAAGAACGGCUUGAGAAGAAGAAAAAGACAGGAACGGCCGGAGGUACCCAGAAGGCAGCGACUGGAAAACGCAAGACGGAAACGGCCACCACUCCUAGCGAUAAGAACACUAAGAAAAAGAAGAAGACUUAAAUUUCCCCGCCCCUGUGUCGGUACGGUAAAUUAUGACAAGCAAACAUUCGUAGGUUCUACAAUAGCUUGGUAAUUUCUAAAUAUACACGACUAUCUUAUAAGAAUUGCUGUGCAAAGUUUUAUUUCAAGCAGUUUUAUUUUAGCUCAUUGACUAACUUAUUGUCUCAAGUAUUACUAUCAUUUGAUUGGUUCAAUAUAUAAGCGUAUGUAUCAUGUCAAGCCAAUAAAGUAGAAAUGCAAA